AUGACCAGCCUGAUAACGAGCGGGAAGACAGACAGACCCAGAAGAGGAAGCCGAGCGCCACCCCGGAUCUCGACGAGCAGCCACUGGAGCGUAGUAGUAGGCGUAGUACCCACCCGGAUCAGCUGGGAGAAGCCAAAGAGCAGUCGCCAGGCAAUCCUCGAGUCGCCCUCGCGCUCCUCGCGCGCCCCCUCGGCGGCGGAGAGCCGGCCCCGGAAGAGCCCGAGCAGGAUCAAGGCCAAAGACGUGAUGAAUCUGGUGGCCUUGUGGAGCAGUAAGUCGGUCGAUCGCAAGGCGGAGGUCGCCCGAAGGCUGCGCGCCUAUUGGCGCGCCCGCUCGACCACCGAUCCGACGAUCACAAACCUCGAGCUACUCACAGUCCCUCCGCCCUCCAAAAGCUCUCCGUCCACCUUACUUGUGGCAUCAGUUGUCUGUCGGUCAUUGAAGGUUUGCCAAGCCCACAGAAUCCUGCUUCAAUCAAUGCUGAUCGAUGGAUUGGUCGGAAAAUAA